AUGGGUAUUCUUCAAAAGAUGGCUUGGUCCAAGAGCACCAGGAUCAAGGUGAUGAUAGCCAUUGACACAUUGUUUUUCCUCGUCGAGAUUGUCUCUGGCUUCCUUGCCCACUCGCUGGCCCUCAUGGCCGAUGCUUUUCACAUGCUCAAUGAUAUCAUCUCGUUGGUUAUCGGCCUUUGGGCUGUGUCAGCCGCACAAAAGACCUCCACUGACGAAUUCACCUUUGGCUGGGUUCGCGCUGAGAUUCUUGGUGCCUUUUUCAACGCCGUUUUCCUUAUCGCCCUCUGUGUUUCCAUCGUCCUCGAAGCAUUGACCCGAUUUAUCGAGCCCCCCGAGAUCAAUAACCCCAAGCUCAUGCUUAUUGUUGGCUCUGCCGGUCUGUUCUCCAACUUUGUCGGUUUCUUUGUCCUCGGCGGUCAUGGUCACUCUCACGGACCCGGCGAGCACGAGCACGAUCAUGAUCACGGACAUUCUCACGCCCACGAUGAGGAGGAGGGCAACGCCGGUUACCAAACCCAGGGCACUCUUGCAGACGAAAGUGGCCGUGCUGCUGAGGUUCUACCCGAGGCUGUGAUUCGCCGUGCAACAGCUUCUAAGAAGUCUAACGGCAAAUCUAGCGAACAGCGACACAGCCGAGAUCCAUCCACACGAGGCCGCGACUAUCAUCGAUCCAGUAGGAGUGGACAUGCUCGUUUCGCUAGUCUCGAUGACUUGAGCAUUCACCCAGCAAGUUUCCGACAAAGCAUUAUCGAAGCUACGCGUGGCGAGACCAACGAAAGCACUAGCGAGAGCGAGACCGACGCCGAGAACUCUUUGAUAAUGGAGGAGGAUGAGGCGCACGAAGAGUCACCUCUUCUCAAGGACGUUGCUAAGAAGGGUUCUUCGCUUGGUCACAAUAGAAACGGCUCUCACUCUCACUCCCACUCUCGACGACCUCGACGAGACUCGAGCGUUCAUCACGGUCACCACCACACUCUUCCCAAGAAAGCUGGCAAGAAGGAUAGCCACGGCCAUAACCACGCUGAUAUGGGUAUGAAUGCUAUGAUUCUCCACGUCAUUGGAGACAUGCUUGGCAACAUAGGUGUCAUGGUCACGGCUCUCAUUAUCUGGCUGACGGACUGGCCUGGCAAGGUCUACGCUGAUCCCGCCGUCUCCUUGUUCAUUACUGCUAUCAUCCUCAAGACCUGCAUUCCUCUCACCCGAGGCACUGCCCGUGUUCUUCUACAAGCCACUCCUGAGCAUAUUAGCGUCCCUGAGAUUAGACAAGACAUCGAAGCUCUUCCCGGCGUUAUUACUUGCCACCAUAUUCACGUCUGGCAACUCUCAGACACCAAGCUUGUCGCUAGCAUGCACCUCCAGGUGUCUUUCCCCAUUGAUUCUCACAGUGGCGAGAAGUACAUGGAGUUGGCUCGUCGAGCUCGAAAGUGUCUCCAUGGGUUCGGCAUUCACAGCGCUACCAUACAGCCCGAGUUCUGCUUCGAUCAGAAGCACUCGCAUGAUGCCGAAGCCGCUACUCUGUCCUUCGACGGUCCUACUGAUCUCAACAAGGGUGAUAGUUGCCUCCUUGAGUGUAUCGAUGACUGCCAGGCCCAGGGUUGCUGCCCUGCCGAUUCGUCAUCCAAGGCUUCGUCAACAAGACGAUGUAGUGAAUCGUCGCACAGCGCCACUAGCCCUCAUGCGCACAAUCAUGACCACGGCCACGGCCACGGCCACCAGCACUAA